AUGUCGUUGUCCCUCUCUCCAAUUGACUUGAUAUCCUCCUCCUCAUAUCCAAUUCCAGCACAACUUGACCAACGACAGAGAGCCGUCCAUGCCAGUACCCUCUAUGGUGGUUUGACAUUGCUGCCUUACGACGACGAUACUACAACGCCCAUAACGAUGCCGACAGACGAGAAACCCAAAUCAAAAAGGAACACAAAUAAAAAUAGCAAUCGCAAGUCUGAAGAUGACAAUAAAGUAUCCAAAAGGAAGCGAGGUCGGCCUCGCGUAUUGGACAAGGAUGAGAAUGCCGCCGAGGUUUGUCCCUCACAGCCCUCUGUUGGUAUAAGUAUUGAUCUUGCUAUUGCACAGAGACGAAGAACUCAGAUUCGACUUGCUCAACGGGCAUACCGCUCCCGUAAAGAAGCCACCAUUUCAUCUCUGAGCAAGAAACUUGCUGAGCUCGACGCUGCUAUUCGAGACAUGAAUACAACAGUAGGAAGCUUCCGCGAUGAGUUAAUGGGAUCGGGUCUAUUGCUACAGCAGACCACUUUGACGUAUGGUCUGCAAAGACUUGUGCAGAAAUCAGAUGCACUCGUGAAGCUUUCUAGAAAUGAGGAGUAUGAUUCUGCGAACACGUCGCCCAUAGAUGAGACUGCGAGUAAUAAUUCUUCCUCGGUAGAGGUUGGUGAUGCGCUUUUCGUCGAUCAGUCGCCGGAGAUUACUGAUAACCUGGACGAAUUCAAUUUUACUCUGUACACAUCCACCGACAACGCAUCGUCUAUGAACUUUGAUUCUCUCUUUCAAGGUUAUGGUCUGGAUAGUGUCCAGCAGCAAGCACCUACUACACUAGCAGGAAACGCCAAUACCCAGCUCGCAUCCUCCUUUGCGGGGUCAUUCCCUCAAGGCGUUGCUAACACAGACACAAAUACAACCUCAUGGCUCCAACACAGCACCAUCCCCCCACCAUCAACAUACAGCUUCAACGAAUCCUCAUUCGUGCGCCGUCUACGCAGACAAUGCGCCGAACACGCCUACCGCAUACUCACAGACCCCAACACCGACCCCAAAGAUAUAAUCCGCAAAUACCGAUUCUCGCUAUGUUUCAAGAACAAAGACGCAUUAAUAGACCGAUUCUAUAAAGUUAUAACAUCCUCUUCCUCUUCCUCCACUGCCAGCACAACAACCACCAGCGCAUCCACAGCAGCAGCAUACACCCUCGGAAACGCAGGCAUUCACUAUCCGCGCCCCAACCAACAACCCAUCCCGGAAAUGACCUUCUCCUCACCAACAGAGCUGUACCCAGUUUCAAAAUUCAUCGGUCCUUGGCCCUUCCAUCAAGCAGACGCGCCGCACGAGUUCACCUCUAUCGACGAAUGCGUCUCGGCGCGAGGGAUGGCCGGUGACUGGUUUGAUAGUAAUGAUGUCGAGGGGUAUCUGCGCGAACAGGGGAUACAGGUUGAUACGCAGGCUAGUUUUGUGACGUUGCCGGAUGAUGUUCCUUCUUCUUCUCCUUCAAGUCGGCAGGUAGAGUAUGUUGACGAAAAGAAGAAUCCGGCGACGACGGGGGAUGAUGUGAUUGAUCCGUCUCUGGGAGCUUUGACGGUGCCCACUGAGAUAAAGGACUCGUCAAAGGUAGUGCAUACAGACAGCAACACCAAACAACCUACACGCAUAUUUGAUAUGGACAUGUUCCUGAGUCGUGAGUUGUUCUUUUCCCGAUAA